GAUGCGUGGGAGCAGCUUAUAAAUAGAGCCUCGGGUGUAUAGUGAGAGCAUAUCUUUCCUGCUGCAGCCUGCAACAGCAAACGCAACAUGUUUACAAUGAUUUGGGCAUCGCUUUUCACGAUGGCGCUGCUGUCAGCGCGCGUCGCUCUGGUCAUCGGGGUCGCCGCGCCGCUCCUCACCUUCAGGAACACGGACCAGAUCACCGGCAACUCGCUGGAGUGCGACCGCUGCCCGCCUGGUACCUUCAUGCGCGCGCCCUGCACGGCGACGCAGAAGACCCAGUGCGCGCCGUGUCCGCAGGGCUCGUUCACGGAGCUGUGGAACUACAUCGGGAAGUGUCUGCGCUGCGGCGUGUGCGGUCACAACGAGGUGGAGAAGACGGCGUGCACCGCGAACAGCAACUGCCAAUGUCAGUGUAAACAGGGAUACUACCACAAGAAGAACUACGACAUGUGCGUCCGCCACAGCGAGUGUCCGUCCGGACAAGAGGUGCUGACCAAAGGUACGGCUGAUGAGGACACAGUGUGCCAGACUUGUCCCGAUGGCAGCUACUCCGACACUGUCUCUGCUCUGCAGAACUGCACGCUGCACCGAAGCUGCAAUGCUCCAGGGCUGGAGCUGGUGCUGAAGGGCUCCAUCUGGCACGACAGCAUGUGCACAAGCUGCGAAGAACUCAAAUCGAGAGACGGCGGGGACUACCUCAAAGAAAUCAUCCCAGCUUUCUUUGUCCACCAUAAAAUGACCCUCAGGCGGCUGCGUCAGGUCAUGCACAAGCUCCCGUCCGAGGAUGGCAAAAGGCAAGGAGCGACUUCAGGACUUAACCUCUCAGAUCUCCACGCGCGGAUCAACGCCUGGGUCGCUUCCGCCUCGGCCAAUCAGAUCCGGCAGCUUCCGGAGAUACUGGCCAAAACCGGAGCGAACAGCGCCGGCGAGCGGCUACAGAGCAAGCUGCAGAGAAUCGACUCAAAUCUAAAGCAGCUGUGUGCUUUGGGUAAUGAGGUGGAUGUACAGUCAUUGUAAUGCCGGGUAAGGCUUAAGUGGAAAAUAUUUAGUUAUACUGUAGCAACAAAAGAGGUCCAGUGUUCAUUUGAAAAGCAAAGACUUUUAAUUUUCCAUGUAGUUCAAGAAUUGCUGCCCUAUUCGAGAUGCACUGUCAGCACAAUACUUCUAUUUACUAUUAGUUAAAAAGAGAAUACCGUUCAAUUAGAGGAAUAGUUCAUUCACUUCUAUCUGCAUCAAGCUGAUUAACAUUCCCUCGUUUUUCAGGGCAUUUCAGUUUUUGUUGUUGUUGUUGUUUUCUUCUUAAAAUUGACCAAACAACCCAAACCUGUUUGUGUCACCUCGCUUGAAAUGACCUGCUCUGAGUACAUUCCUCAUAGGCGUACCGAUUAAAGAAAAUUCAUGAGAUCACAUGUGCAUACUUUUGGUAUCUGAUUGAGCCUUUUAAAACUGUAGUAGGCA